AAUGACGAUUGAUGUCCUUUUUUUUAAUAAAGAAGAAAAAAAUAUUUUUUAUAGUUCACAAUUAAGAAAAAUUAGUACCUCUAAACGGUUAACUAUUACUGAUAUCUUAUCACAACCCGAUGAUUCCUGGCAAGGCCAACAUGGAAUAGUUUCAGAAACAUUAUUAAAAGAAUUAAUUGGUGAUCCUAGAGCACUAAGUUGUAUUUUUAUAUGUGGUCCAAUAUUGUUUACGAAUACCGCACAUACG